CUCCUGGCCACAGCUUGAGCUGGGAGGAGGGUGGAGGCUGGGCCGCCUCCUGGACCCCUGCCCUCCCUGCCCGGCCUUCCAAGGCCCGGCAGCCUCAGUCCACUGCUGGGCCUGGAACACGGAGCAGUGGCUGCCCUGAGAGGAGGUCCUAGAGCAGCACCAGCAGGAUGGCAUCUCCAGCAUCUCUAAGGCCUUCAGGGGGUCCAGCCCCAUGGGGGGCGCCCUAGGCCUCCAACAGCUCCCCAUCUGUGCUCCUGCCUGCCGGCCAUCUUCAGGCCACUCACCAUGGGUGGCUGUUUCUCCAAGCCCAAACCAGGCGCUGACUUGCCCACAGUGGAGCUCAAGAUCGAGGUGGUGCUGCCUGAGAAGGAACGAGGCAAGGAGGAGCUGUCGGCCAGUGGGAAGGGCAGCCCCCGGGCCUACCAGGGCAACGGCACGGCCCGCCACUUCCACACGGAGGAGCGUCUGCCCACCCCUCACCCCUACCCCAGCCCUCAGGAUUGUGUGGAGGCUGCUGUCUGCCACGUCAAGGAUCUCGAGAAUGGCCAGAUGCGGGAAGUGGAGCUGGGCUGGGGGAAGGUGUUGCUGGUGAAGGACAAUGGGGAGUUCCACGCCCUGGGCCAUAAGUGUCCGCACUACGGCGCACCCCUGGUGAAAGGCGUUCUGUCCCGUGGUCGGGUGCGCUGCCCCUGGCAUGGUGCCUGCUUCAACAUCAGCACUGGGGACCUGGAGGACUUCCCCGGCUUGGAUAGUCUGCACAAGUUCCAGGUGAAGAUUGAGAAGGAGAAGGUGUACGUCCGGGCCAGCAAGCAGGCCCUACAGCUGCAGCGAAGGACCAAGGUGAUGGCCAAGUGUAUCUCCCCAAGUGCUGGGUACAGCAGUAGCACCAAUGUGCUCAUUGUGGGCGCAGGUGCAGCUGGCCUGGUGUGUGCAGAGACACUGCGGCAGGAGGGCUUUUCCGACCGGAUCGUUCUGUGCACGCUAGACCGGCACCUUCCCUAUGACCGUCCCAAGCUCAGCAAGUCCCUGGACACACAGCCUGAGCAGCUGGCCCUGAGGCCCAAGGAGUUUUUCCGAGCCUAUGGCAUCGAGGUGCUCACCGAGGCUCAGGUGGUCACAGUGGAUGUGAGAAACAAGAAGGUCGUGUUCAAGGAUGGCUUCAAGCUGGAGUACAGCAAGCUGCUGCUGGCGCCAGGGAGCAGCCCCAGGACUCUGAGCUGCAAAGGCAAAGAAAUGGAGAACGUGUUCACCAUCCGGACGCCAGAGGAUGCCAAUCGCGUGGUGAGGCUGGCCCGAGGCCGCAAUGUGGUCAUCGUGGGAGCCGGCUUCCUGGGGAUGGAGGUGGCCGCUUACCUGACGGAGAAGGCCCACUCCGUGUCUGUGGUGGAGCUGGAGGAGACGCCCUUCAGGAGGUUCUUGGGGGAGCGCGUGGGUCGUGCCCUCAUGAAGAUGUUUGAGAACAACCGGGUGAAGUUCUACAUGCAGACUGAGGUGUCAGAGCUGCGGGGCCAGGAGGGAAAGCUGAAGGAGGUUGUGCUGAAGAGCAGCAAGGUUGUGCGGGCUGACGUCUGCGUGGUGGGCAUUGGUGCAGUGGCUGCCACAGGCUUCCUGAGGCAGAGCGGCAUCGGUCUGGAUUCCCGAGGCUUCAUCCCUGUCAACAAGAUGAUGCAGACCAAUGUCCCAGGCGUGUUCGCAGCUGGUGACGCCGUCACCUUCCCCCUUGCCUGGAGGAACAACCGGAAAGUGAACAUUCCACAUUGGCAGAUGGCUCAUGCUCAGGGGCGCGUGGCAGCCCAGAACAUGUUGGCGCAGGAAGCGGAGAUGAACACCGUGCCCUACCUCUGGACCGCCAUGUUUGGCAAGAGCCUGCGCUACGCGGGCUACGGAGAAGGCUUCGACGACGUCGUCAUCCAGGGGGAUCUGGAGGAGCUGAAGUUUGUGGCUUUUUACACUAAAGGCGACGAGGUGAUCGCCGUGGCCAGCAUGAACUACGAUCCCAUUGUGUCCAAGGUCGCUGAGGUUCUGGCCUCAGGCCGCGCCAUCCGGAAGCGGGAGGUGGAGACUGGCGACAUGUCUUGGCUUACAGGGAAAGGAUCCUGAGCUCACAUGCAGUAGACUUGGGCAGGCAAAGGGGGGCACCAGGGGCAGAGGCCAAGCCUUGGGGGCAGGUGCCAAUCUCCAGUCCCAGGAUCCCCCAGGGCAGAACCUGAGCCCUCCCAGUGCUUGCCUUCAGCCACCUGGCUCCCCUCCUGGGAGGCCUCUGCUGGAUCCAGAAGAUGCUCAACCCUCAAGGCCUCUACUGCCACUGACAGCUGGCACUGGAGGCAGGACAGGCCCUGCCUCUUCUCCCUCUAUUGGGACUGGUCCCCUGAAGAACCCUGCAACAUGUAGACAUUGCCGUAAAAUUAAAACGCACAAACUUGCAGA